AUGGCAGCUGCAACGGACAUAACGGUGCCAGCACCGGCACCGGCGCCGCAGACCACCGGCCUCUCCUUCACGCAGGGAUUCCUACUGGGCCAGCUUUCGGUGACACUCCUGAUCUUCUGCUUCAUCAAGUUCUUCAUCUUCGGCGAGCCGCCGCCAGCCGACGAGCGGCAUGAAACACGAGCGAUGGAGCGACGCGAGCGCACCCUCGCCCACCAGCGCACCCUCUCGGCCACGGCAGCGGGACUGGUGCCGCCCACCUCCUCGACCCUCCUCCGGCACAAGCGCAGCACCAUCUUGCGGCGGCCGCCGCCCGUCACCAGCGCGACCAUCCUCGCCAAGACCUACUACAACGUCAAGGGCCACCAGCCCGAGAGCCUGGACUGGUUCAACGUGCUGAUCGCCCAGACCAUUGCUCAGCUGCGCGCCGACGCCCGCCAGGACGAUGCUGUGCUGACGUCGUUGACAAACAUCUUGAACGGCCCCACGCGCCCCGAUUGGCUGGGUGAGAUCCGCGUCACCGAGAUCGAGCUCGGCGACGAGUUCCCCAUAUUCAGCAAUUGUAGGGUCAUUCCGGUCGAUGAAGGCGGAUUGGGCUUGGGUAGUCCAAGUAAGAGCGAUGGCGGUGGUUCACAUGAGGGCCGGUUGCAAGCGCGGAUGGAUGUGGACUUGAGCGACGUCAUUACACUGGGCAUUGAGACGACGGUGAUGCUGAACUGGCCAAGGCCGAGAGUCGCAGUGAUGCCGGUUGCGCUGGCAGUGUCGGUGGUGCGGUUCAGCGGCACGCUAUCCCUCUCCUUCAUCCCAUCCGCACAGCCGGCAAAUGCAGACCCCAAUUCACCCAAUACGACUCACACCCCUACCACCCUCGCUUUCACCUUCCUGGACGACUACCGCCUCGACCUCUCAGUCCGCUCCCUCCUUGGCAGCCGCUCGCGCCUUCAAGACGUCCCAAAGAUAGCUCAACUCAUCGAGAGUCGCCUGCACGCAUGGUUCGAUGAACGCUGCGUAGAGCCUCGUUUCCAGCAGAUUGUAGUCCCCAGCGUAUGGCCGCGCAAAAAGAACACCCGCGGCGGCAGCGACGAAGACAGCGCCGCCGAUGAUGAGGACUCCGAGCAGCAGGCCGAAGAGCCCGCCGUCGACGCCAUGGCAGAAAGCAUAGAGACGGUGCUUGAUGGCGGCAGCGGCAGCAAGAGCGGCGCACGCACGAACGGCUCGGCUUCACAAGCACCAGCAGCAGCGUCUUCAAGCUCGACGGCAGCGAGACCGAGACCGCAACGGCAAUUCGCCCCCGGCCCGGCGAACGAGCUGGAAGCCCGCAUGGCUGUGGAGGGCCAGAAACUCCGAGACGCUGAGCAGAGGGCGGAGCGCGCGGAGCGCGCCCGGCAGGGCAGGGAGCUGACGGAUGAGGGCGUGAGGUUAAGAGCUGGACACUCGCACACUGCGAGCAGAGAAGCUAGCGCGAGAGGCGAUUGGGGGAAUAGAAUGCCAGGUGGGAUUUCGGGUGUUGGCACUCCCACUGCGGAGUAA